AUGCAAAAGAAAUUUGAAAAUUUGAAAAAUGGAGAAGAUGGAAACGAAGAUAAUGAGGAUGAUGAUGAAAUCGAAAAUACAGAGGACAGUUACGAAGAAGCUGACGAAGAUGGAGAUGGUGCAAAUUUCAAGGAAAAAGACGGAGAAGAAGACGAAGAUGGCGAUAACAACGGCAGAAAAGGCGGAGAAGAAGACGAAGACGGCGAUAUUAACGAUGAAAAAGGCGGCAAAAUUUACGAAGACGGCGACAACGGAGAACUUGGAGAAGAGAAGGAGAUAAAGAAUUCCAGUCAGAUUUUAGACAUUUCGUUGCGAAUGGCAACAGAAGUUUUAAAUGAAUUUUCGGGAGAAACCUGUGCUCGAAAAUGGAUUACGCAGAUGUUUAAUAUUGGAAGUAUUUAUGGUGUUAGUGGACAAUACAUAAAAAUGCUUAUGAUUAGCAAAAUUAAAGGCAAAGCUAAGUUAUGGUUGCAUGCAAAUCCUGGACGCAUACUAUUACCGAUGGAGGACCUGAUUGAUGACCUGAUCGGAAUGUUUGGCGAGAAAGCAUCCAAGUUAGAAACAAGGCGCAAAUUUGAAGAACGGAAGUGGAGUGCUGGAGAAAGUUUUGGAAGUUAUGUUGAUGACAAGGUGAUGCUGGCUCAGGGCAUAAAUAUAGACGCUGAAGAACUACUGAGCGUAGUCAUCGAGGGCAUUCCCAACAUAGGGCUGCGUAUUCAGGCACAACUUCAAUGCUUUGACGAUGUUAAGCAGUUGAAACGUGCAUUUGCUGAUGUUGGAUUACCCAAACCGUACGGAGCUAAGAAGGAGACGACUUCGUUGCAGAGCAAGGACGACAAUAUUAUGCGCUGCUUUAACUGCAACGCUAGAGGACACUGGGCGAAGGACUGCAGGAAACCAAAGCGGGAGAAAGGAUCGUGCUACGCAUGCGGUGAGAUGGGGCACUUUGUGGCGCAGUGCCUGAAGAACAAAACUAAAGGUGUGGGCGACAACAAUUAUAAUGCCUCAUAGAUACAG